AUGCGGGACGAUGCGGGCAGGGGGAUGCCGCCCGGCGGGGCGCGGCGGGUGCUGCGAGGCCUCCGCGAGCGCGGCUGCGGGCUGGAGCCGCUGCUGCGGCCGCUGGGCGAGCCCCGGCCGCCGGCGGAGCUCGGGCCGCUGCUCUGCAACCUCAGCCAGGUGCCCGAGGGGCGCCGAGCCCUCCUGGACCGCUCCCGGUGCUCGGUGCAGCGGCUGCUGCCCUUCACGCGGUACCGGGACUCGGCCGGCCACCGGCGGGGCGUCGUGGGCGCGCUCCGGAACUGCUGCUUCGAGCACGAGUACCACGAGUGGCUGCUGGGCGACGAGGUCGACAUCCUGCCCUUCCUGCUCCUGCCUCUCGCGGGCCCCGAGGAGUUCCCUGAGGAUGAGAUGGAAAGGCUGCCCGUGGACCUGCAGUACCUGCCGCCGGACAAGCAGCGGGAGGAAGAACCCGACAUCCGCAAGAUGCUGCUGGAAGCCAUCAUGCUGCUCACAGCCACGAAGGCCGGCCGGCACACCGUCAGGGAGAAGGGCACCUACCUGGUCCUGCGGGAGCUGCACCGCUGGGAGCGGGAGCCCGACGUGCUGGCUGCCUGCGAGAAGCUCAUUCAGGUGCUGAUCGGGGACGAGCCCGGGCCGGGGAUGGAGAACCUGCUGGAGGUGAGCAUCCCCGAGGAGGUGGAGCAGCAGCUGCAGCGCCUGGACCGGGAGGAGGAGGAGCGGUGGCAGCGGCACGAGGCGCAGGAGCGGCACGAGGCGCAGGAGCGGCACGAGGAGCCGUCGCAGUGACGGGGACGCUGUGCUCAGCCCCCCCAUGCGGACAGGACCCCCCAGGACCACAGCCCCCCGGGGCGCCCCAGGACUGCAGCCCCCUGCUGCCGGGGAGCGGGCGUUGGGGCGCUGCCGGUUGGGCUCCCCUUGUUCAGGGCACCCCGUGCAGCUCGGCUGGGGCUGGGCAGGGCCCCCCCCGUGAAAUAAAGAGG